GUUCCGGGCGCAGCGGAGAAAGACCUCGGCUGCGGCGCCGGCAGUAGGGGCCAGAGCCUGCGCGGUCACCGGCGCGCUGGCGGAGCGCUAGCGGGGCUCAAAGUGCGGGCAGCCGAGGAGAUAAGAGCGAGCGGAGGGAGCCCGUCCCGGAAGCGGAAGCCGUAGCCGCGCCGGGCGUGGCUUCCCGUCUCGGAAGGAGCGGUGGUUGAAGUGGCGCGUCGGGGUCUGUGCGGGCCCGAGGCGCCGCCGGCGGCAGCCGCCGCGGGACGAUGCGGCGGGCAGAGAUGAAGCUUGGGAAGUCAUCACAUCCAAAGAAUUUGCUUGAAGUAAAAGACUACUGACUUCUACAAUGGAAAAGUCAUGGAUGCUUUGGACCUUUGUUAAAAGAUGGCUACUAGCUUUGGCUUCUUGGUCUUGGAGUCUCUGCCGUAUUUGUCUUUUACCCUUGAUAGUAACUUUUCACUUGUACGGAGGCAUUAUGCUACUCAUAUUAAUAUUUGUAUCAAUAGCGGGUAUUCUAUAUAAAUUCCAGGACGUGCUGCUUUACUUUCCUGAACAGCCCUCCUCAUCACGCCUUUAUGUUCCUAUGCCUACUGGUAUACCACACGAAAAUAUCUUCAUCAAAACCAAAGAUGGAGUUCUUCUCAACCUUAUCCUGCUGAGAUACACAGGAGACAAUGCAGCGUAUUCUCCAACCAUCAUUUACUUUCACGGGAAUGCAGGCAACAUUGGCCACAGGUUGCCAAACGCUUUGUUAAUGCUGGUAAACCUGAAAGUGAACUUAAUUCUUGUCGAUUAUAGAGGGUAUGGAAAAAGUGAAGGAGAAGCAAGUGAAGAAGGUUUGUACUUAGAUUCCGAGGCUGUGUUAGACUAUGUGAUGACUCGGUCUGAUCUUGAUAAAACGAAAAUUUUUCUUUUUGGCCGUUCCUUGGGGGGAGCAGUAGCUAUUCACUUAGCUUCUGAAAAUUCCCAUAGGAUUUCUGCCAUCGUGGUGGAGAACACCUUUCUUAGCAUCCCAUACAUGGCCAGCACUUUGUUUUCUUUCUUUCCAAUGAGAUAUCUUCCUUUAUGGUGCUACAAAAACAAAUUUCUGUCCUACAGAAAAAUCUCUCAGUGCAGAAUGCCUUCUCUCUUCAUCUCUGGGUUGUCUGACCAGUUAAUUCCACCAGUUAUGAUGAAGCAACUUUAUGAAUUAUCCCCAGCUCGGACUAAGAGAUUGGCAAUAUUUCCCGAUGGAACUCAUAAUGACACUUGGCAGUGCCAGGGUUAUUUCACUGCACUUGAACAGUUCAUCAAAGAAGUAAUAAAGAGUCACUCCCCUGAAGAAAUGGCGAAAACGUCAUCUAGCGUAACAAUAAUAUAGUUGAUGUUUUUCUUUGGGGUGGGGGGCGUACCUGCACUGUACCUUGAUUUGUGAAGUGGUAAAAGAAUGUCCAUUUUUAAAUGUAUGUCAUGUCUGUACUUGCCUAAAGAGUGAAAUUAAACUUGGAAAGGUCUUAAUGCUUUAUUAAGGUGUUCCAGAUAACUUUUACAUUUGCAGCAUUGUAAAUGAACCAUUUUAUGUCUUUCUCAUACUUUUUUGGUAUCUCUGUCCAUAUAUUCCACUUGUUUGAUAUGUACCAACAGAUGCUAUUAAAGGAACUUGCUACAAAA